AUGGGCAAUGCCAAGAGCGGCGCCUUGUCUAAGGAGAUCUUGGAAGACCUGAAGACCAACACGAGGUACUCUGAGGAGGAGCUGUGCCGGUGGUACGAGAGCUUCCAGCGCCAGUGCCCCGACGGUCGCAUCAGCCGCUCCGAGUUCGAGAAGAUCUACGGCACCUUCUUCCCCAACUCGGACCCACAGGGCUACGCGCGCCACGUCUUCCGCAGCUUCGACACCAACGACGAUGGCACCUUGGAUUUCCGGGAGUACAUCAUCGCCCUGCACCUCACCUCCUCGGGAAAGACACACCUCAAGCUCGAGUGGGCCUUCUCCCUCUUCGACGUGGACAGGAACGGCGAGAUCAGCAAGAAUGAGGUGUUGGAGAUCAUCUCG